AUGACCUCGACGGCUUCAAGCAGACUUGUUGAGACCAGCUUGAGGCUCGUCACAUUGGCGUCAAUCGCCGGCCUUCUGUUCAGCGAUGCGCACGCCGCGACACAGCCUUUCACACAAAACUCGGCGCAAUUGUAAGGCUCACACCGGAGGUUUUUCUUCCUGGCGUUGGUGUGGAGAUUUGAUGUACCAAUAACUGAAUUUGCCAUGGACUGGCCAUUGCCAUCACAGCUCAUUAUACAGACCAGAGGGCGAAUACCCGUCUCCUCCCUCACGAUGCAAAGUCAACCAGGUCGGUUUUUGGACCUAUUUUCACAUGCUGCGUAGACUAUGGAGCUUCCUGCUGACCAAGACCGUGAUCACUCUCCUGUUAUGAAAGGUGAUUGCGCUGCAACGCAACGGAGCGAGUGGCCCAGGCGCCGAGCUAGCUACUUCAAUACAAGACACGCUUGCCAAGAUUGUCGGCAAAUCCGAAUACUCUCGGUCAGAAAUGAAAUUUCUUAGCAACUACACCUAUAAAUUGGGCGCGAGUGGUGCGUUGCUCGCUCACGGCACAACUCAGUGAGUCUCUCAGCUGCAGUGCCAGAGCCUCAGGCUGGGCAGGCACGCGACUACCUCGGACCGCUGCAGCGCUGCUUCGUAAAUGUUAGCCUGACUCAUACCGGCUUGAAUCGCGCUCAGAUUGAAGGAUUUAGGCGUCCAGUUCCGAAAAACAUAUUGUGGUACGGGAUCCAUUUCCGAGAAGGACUGUACUAAUGUCUGGGUUGCAUCCACCGUUCGUCAAAAUCUUGCGGCUACCUAUGACUCGUAUCUAUGACUCAGCGCUUUGGGUUGACGCUGUCCUCCAAAAUUCCAACAGAGCUCGCCCUCACAGGUCGACUCGGCAAAAGCCUGGAGUACUGGUUUCAUGCAAGGAACGGGUACCUCAUCGCCGUCACCCCGGAUUAUUGCGGAAGGCGCUCAUGACAACAACACUCUCGCGGCGAAUUGCCCGAACCUGGCCAGCUCGGUCCCGAUUGCGCAGCAGCAAUGGAGGGACGUGUGGACCCCGGCCGUGCUUCAGAGGCUCCAGGGUGGCACGAACUAUGGCUUGAAUAGCACUGUGAGUCUAAGAUGGUAAAGACGCUUAAGACUUCUGUACUGACCAAAGCUACUAUGAAGAUGACUGGAUAACGACAGGACAUUGUCAACUUCGCAUACAUGUGUGCGCUUGAAUCACUCGUGACUACCGAGCUUUCACCAUUCUGCGGGCUCUUCCUUGACACCGAGUGGUCAUACGUCGAGUAUGACGGAGAUCUUGGCAAGUACUACAAUCACGCGUAUGGUGCACCUUUGGCUCGAUCCCAAGGCGUUGGGUAUGCGAACGAGCUCCUUACGAGGCUUUCAGGAUUGCUAGCGUUCUACGCUCAACGAGACCAAACACAAGUCAACAAUACUGCGGAUGCCGAUCCAUCCAAGUUCCCGUUGGACCGGUCCGUCUACAUCGACUUCACCUCCGACGAUCAGCUGCUUGCCGUUAUGACGCUGCUAGGACUCUUCCUCUGA